AUGGCUCAAACCGUCCAGCGCAGCGGCUUAAGCAAGCGUAAAGAACGACCCUCGGAUGCGGACGUCCAGCCUUCCCCCGCCAAGAAGGCGAAAGCUACUGCGAGGAAAAGUACAGGCGGCCGACCCCCUGUUCCACCAUCCGCGCCACGGGGAAGCAAUGCAAGUGGUUCAGGUGGUGACCGAGAUAGUGGUACCGCUAAUGCCGGCAAGAAACGAAGAUUCCGACCUGGAACGGUUGCGUUGCGAGAAAUCCGAAAGUAUCAAAAGAGCACGGAUCUUUUGAUUCAGAAACUCCCGUUUUCGCGACUGGUUCGGGAGAUUGCAAUGGAGAUGACCACCGACGUGAAUGACGGAUACGGCGACAGUGGAUUACGGUGGCAAACAUCAGCAUUGUUGGCACUUCAGGAAGCCACAGAAGCUUACUUGGUGCAUCUAUUCGAAGACGCGAAUUUAUGUGCUAUCCACGCCAAACGAGUUACGCUUAUGCAACGCGACAUCCAACUGGCUCGUCGGAUACGUGGCCCUUGGGGUGGCAUGGCGUGA